AUGCCUGUGCCAACCCUCACCUUGCUACUCGGCGUAGUCGUCAUUGGAUACCUUUUCACCUUCGUUGUCUUUGCGGUCCUCCGCAUCGUUACAGGUGUCUCAAUCCAGCGCGUGGGCUAUACCGGUUUCAGGCGCAUCGCAUACUCUCCGCGACCCGGGGUUCGCAUCAACAUCCGCGGCAUAGGUCUGUCAAUACAUCGACCAACUUUUGCGCUCCCAACAUGGUGCAGCCUGGUGAUCACGGAGCUCGCAGUGACGGUAGAUUUGAAAGCUUUGGAUGAUGCGCGCAGAAAAGACGUCGGAGAAGCUGGGGAGAAGAGCAAUGGGUCAGUCCAGAAGGGCAAGAAUGUCUCUGGGACGACGACUCCGGAUCGCGAACCGGUAAACGACGAGCACGGAAAGCUAUGGCGGACGUUAAUGAGGACGAAGGAGAAGGUCAAGCGAGUACACAGGGAGAUUGGAUGGCUUCGCUUGAUUGAUGUGGUCGCAACUGGCACGACAUUCAGUGUGGAAGGUGUGGGAAAGGUAAGUCUUGAAAGGCUUACGGUCUCAGUGGAUACCAGGAAACAGACUGUCGACCGGAGCAGACUAUUCCAGCACCACAAGCAUAAGCCAGAGACACAGACUCCGGCGGAAUGGAAGUCGCUGAUUCGAAGCAUAUUGUUCACUCCGGAGGGCAGAGACUCGACGGAGAUACUCGACUACGGCACACUGAACGUUCAUGGUAUGCUCCAUCGCGAACGCGAGGGCCUUCGAGAUGCAUCCAUAUCGCUCAAGCUUGGCCGACUGACGGUGCCCUACGAUGACCUCGAAUAUGCAAAACGAUGUGCGGAUCUCCUGCGUGGUAGAUACGCUCACCCGAAACCAGGCCGCAGUCUCUCGGAUACAGCGCUCACCGAUGCGUCGAGAGGAGAAGCUGAACGGGACAGCCACGAUGAGCACCUCGUUCAGGCUGUUUCCGACUCAAAAGCUUUCAUUUCCUCAAUCCUGCGUGGCAUUCAGGAAGUUCAAUUCGCGGUCGGCUUCGUUGGCUUCUCCAAAACUCUUGCCAUCAAGACGACUGGAGAAAAGGACGUCUACUUUAAUUUUGCAAUGAAGGAGCUGGGCUUGGAUGUGCUUCGCCUGGAUCCGAAGAGCCCUGCUCACAAGAUGUAUUUCUCCUCCAAAGAUAUCGCUCACCAAGCGCUGGUGACAGGCAUAGCCAUCUCUGCAGGCAUCGAUGAUGGACAUGAGCAUCCCGAGCGCAUGCUGUACAUUCCAAUGGUCACCGCUACUGUCAAGACGACGUUGCCUUCGAGAACGAUCCACUACUCCAAGAAGGACGAUGCAACGGACCGCAAUUCGAAUAUUUUAUACGCGAACUUCGUGUGCACCUCCCCAUCUAUUGACCUGGACCCAAAACAUCUGCCUCUGUUGCAGGAAACACUCAAACAGCGAUCUAGUCGUGAAAGUUCCAGCCCGACUUCAUCGCAUCAUCACUUGAUCUCGCAACUCCUUCCCAAGGCUGAUGUCAAGCUGUCCGUUCAAGAGCCUGUGCUUCGCAUAUCGCUGCCACCGAUGGACAAGAAGAAUGCCACCGACGACGAUUUUGAUCUGCUGAUCUCAUCAGUAUCCUCGAUAGCGUUGGAGUGCGAAUCUUCUCACGCUCUGAAUGGCCAAACGCAUUACAGCUUGCAGUCCUAUUAUCGACACUCAAGACAUCGCCUGUAUUACCAGACCGCGGCUGGGGAUCGCCAUGAUCUGCUUCAGAGCGACUUUUUCGAAGUACAGGUUGAUGUCAACGCCCUUCCGGAAGUUUCGGUUGUGGCCGCUGGGAGAGCUCAAAAGUUUACAGUCUUCCUCGUUCGGCCGGACAUCUGUGAAGGCGUCCGCCAGAUCGUGACGCAGCUUCGAAGGAACGUUCUUGCACCGAGAGACGGUGAAUCAAAACCACGAGCCAGCUUUUUGCGUACGAUUCCUGGCUGGGUGGAGUCUCUUCGGCUGGAAGGGUCAGACUUUGGAUUGGAGCUUGCAGGUGUCGACGAGCAAGUAUCGAAAGAUACACGUGGGUUCGCUUUGCACCUCGAAUCAUGGACCACCGAGUACAAAGCACAUCGUGAUGAAGCCCCAGUGGAGCAUUCUCAUCGGCGCAAGCCUACGGCAACUCCUGCCUCCCCAACCAAGGAUAAACGCUCGCGAUUCGCAGAUCAUUUGUCCUCGAGGAAACGCACUCAGACUUUUGCUGACGGAAGACGACUGACCUUCCACACCUCGAACCUAGAGGGUCUCAUCAUUGAUUCAGUUGAAGAUUCUGAUGCAGAAUCAUUCAUGUCUGUGCCACGCUUCGAAGUUGCAUUCUCGACGUCGACAGAUUCACACGGGCCAAUCUUCCAUGUCAAUUCGUUCGCGAAAAGUGUACUUCUGCAGUACUCGCUGUACAACCAUUUCGCAAUCGGGGUCGCGACGAUGGUCAUCAAGAAAACGUUUUUGGACCACGAAAGGGACGACCGUCCAGCUGCAGUACGGCGAACGUCAAGUAUGGGACUCACCUUUUCCGACCCUACAUUGGAAGAAAUUGCUAGCCGAGAGAUCACCGCCGUCGACUUCAAGUCAAACUUGAUCCAGGUCAAAGCUCAUAUGCCAGCAGAUCCGCCAAUGAUGCUACAGGCGUACUAUAUUGAAGCAGGUCGACAUCGCUGGUCGUCACCAUUCCUCCGCAGCCGUCUGACUCGCGUGUACGUGAGAGCGCCUGCGACCAAAGCCGCAUGGAGCAGAAUUGCUAGCCUCAAAGCUCUUCGCCUCGACCUUCGCGAUCUGCGACGCAAAAUUGGCAACCGACAGACAGUCGAAAAGUCUCUGGACAUCGGAGCUGACUCGAUACGAAUCUCUAUACCUCACUCUCUGGUGGUGCACACCAUAUUUGACAACAUCACGAACAUCAUCAAGACCACGAAGCAGCUUCAGCAUCAUUUCGUAACGGGGCGCAGCGAUUACAUCCUCGCAAAGGAGCCCGAAGGUCCUAAGCACGUUCCUCGAAUAGUGCUGCGAUCACAAAUUUUGCUGUUCGAUAUUGAAGACAGCAACUUCGAGUGGAAGCUUGGCGUCAUCUACAGAGCUGGGCUCGAGGAACAGAAGCAAAGACUUGCUCGAGAUGAAGCGUUCAGACUGAAAGAGAAAAGGCUCUCCCGAAGUUCGAAGAAUGCCAACUCCCGCUUGCGAUCCCAGUCUGCACAUUUGGACGAUCGGUCAAGGGCCGGAAAAGACAAGGAGCCGUCAAACAAGCAACGAAGCCGCAGCAGCAAUCGUCCUGGUAGAGAAGAUGAUCAGCGCGACCAUAGUCAUGCACGGCGUAGCAUACGUUAUGAUGCAUCUGGCAGAUGUGGCAUCAGCGACGCCUCAUCGCUGUCCAUUGAGAAGGCGCGAGAAAAGCUGGAUCGUCUCAACUCGCAAUCAUGGAAGACCCGCAUCGACCGAGUGAAGGACUUCCAAAGCAACGCCAUCAGAGAGAUGAGGAGAAUGUUCGGAGUCUCUGAUGAAGUUGAAGGCGUUGAGCAAAGCGAACCCAUCCUGGCCAAGAGUCGUCGGCCUGACCUCAUGAUCUUGGCCAUAACGGAUUUAUGUUUGACGGUCGACAAGCCAACCUUUCCAAUCGAGGAGUGUCCCAAUUUUCUGCACGAUGUGGGCAAAGGCAUGCCAAAGGACAUGAAGUACGGGUUGCUAUUGCCCAUGAACCUACAUUUGACUAUGGGAGAAUCCCGCAUUCAGCUGCGUGAUUAUCCACUUCCUCUGCUGCAUGUACCGGCGCUGGCCAAUGGUCAAUCUGUGAGACUACCGUCACUAUCGAUGCGCACAGACUUCGUCAUUGCGGAAGAGUUUCGAGACAUCGAAUCUCAACGCAGUGUCAAGGUGCUGGUCAUCCCCCCAGAAAAGAUGGCCGGUGGACGACCUGAUGGGUAUCAGAUCGACGUACGCCGCACCAUUUCAGCGGUCAAGACCUAUUCGGACAUCAGCAUUGAUAUAAACACGAGUAACCCCACGAGGUUCACAUGGUCAACGUCGUACCAGCCGGCCAUUCAGGACAUGAUGCAGAUCGUGGAGAGCUUCACCAAGCCGCCUGUGGAUCCCUCUGACAGAGUGGGUUUCUGGGACAAAAUCCGUUUGUCUUUCCACUCGCGAGUCAAUGUUUCGUGGAAGGGUGAUGGUGAUGUCCACCUGGUGCUGAAAGGCUCUCGUGAUCCAUACGUAGUGACGGGCACUGGCGUCGGUCUCGUGAUGGUCUGGCGAGAUGGUGUGAAAUGGAGUAUUGCUCAGGACGACGACCCACGCAAGUUCAUGGCGGUGGAUAGCGGCGAGUACAUACUCGCUGUUCCUGACUUCAACAGCUAUGCAAGAUCCGCUCUUGACAUGGAAAAGGGGGAUUCGGGUAGCUCUGGGUCUAGUACUUCGAAGCGCGAUGCUGCCUUCAAAAAAGUGGUCAUGAAACUCUCCGGCAGGGUCAGAUGGCUUGCAGGAUUGAUGUUCGAGCGCGAUCUUGGAAACGGCAAGCGUACCUUCGACUUCAAGCCUCACUAUGAUGUGGUAUUGAAGCAUCCAGACUUCGCGAAGAGCACUCCCGGAGAAACGUACGAUGCCUACCGCGGACUCAGGAGUCACCACAUCCACCUGUCGAUUGCGAUUGCCGCGCCCCACGACCGUGACUGGUCGGUGAACAAUCUGAAGCCAUCCAAGAACUACAAUUCCGUCCACUUGACGCCCCGGUUCUUCUCCCACUUCUUCAGCUGGUGGUCAAUGUUCUCAGGGGUUAUGUCCUUGCCCAUUCGACAAGGUCCAUUAUGGGGAAUUACGGAGAAAAAGAGCAAGAAGUUCGGCCGUCAUCUUGCCACGAUCAAGUACAACUUGCUAUUAUCUCCGCUCUACAUCAGUCACGUGUAUAAGCACAAAGACGCCGAAGAUUAUGCCGCCAACUCCGUCUCUGCCACCGGCCUGAAGAUGCGGCUCGACAGUUUCAUGCUCGAUCUGCAUCAGCGUAGGGAGCACUUUGAUCUGAAGGGCAGGGAGGGAGAGCGCACUAAGACCACGAGUGGUAUGCGGAUAAACCAGGCCCAGCUUGAUUUCAUUUCCGCGGACCUCCGCGCACUCAGUGCCAACAUCGAGGGCACCAGCGCCGAGGACAUUGACAAAGCUAACGAGGACACUCUGGCAUCCAUGCACGGACAAGUUCCACUGAUAGACAUGUCGAAGUUCGACAUACCGGACAACGACUUCUCGUGGAUCGAUAUGGACGACUUUGUAGAGCUUGACUGGGUUUUGCCCGCGGAAGCAGACCCAGUCACCAAGAUUCUUCCUCUGGGAUUCGCUCCAAGGUUUACCUACUUCAGACAGACCGACCACAAUGGGACAAUAGCCGGCGAUGCAUCAAGAACGAGUCCUUUCGGAGAUGAGCCUACACAUUACUGCGUCAUGUCUGGGAAGAACGAUCCUCGUAAGGUUCAGUCUGAGCUCAUCCAGAGGCGGCUGGACUUGAUCAAGGAGAAGCAGGCUGUAAAUGUCGAAGCAGUCGGAGAGGCUGAGUUGAGAGUCAUUCGGGAUACUGGUGACGAUAAGGCGGUCCGACAAGCACUGGAAUCGAAGCUGGCUACUCUGAGGGGCCAUACCGAAUCUCUACAAGCGAAACACAACUUCCUAGCAUCUAUGCUCGAUGAGCUUCUGCAGCGCCUGGACGAGGAUGAUCCCUCUGCGGUACCGGAUCUGGAAACCAGCGAGAAGUUCUUCGAAGCCCAAGAGAGCGCGAGCCGUCAGAACGGCGACUCUGUUGAUCUCCACGCUGCGCCUCUCGCCGACUAUACCAGCGAGUUCAACAACCGUUUCAUUGUACACAAUGCGCAGAUCAAGUGGAACAAUUCUCUCCGCAACAUAAUUCUGCGGUACAUUCACCAGAAUAGUCAGAGGAGAGGAUUUGUGUACUACAUGUCCCGGCGCGCUGUAAAGUUCAUCCUCGAUGUUCUCGAGGAACGAGAGAAGGAGGGCGAAGUGAUGACCCCGUCGCGGAGCAAAUCAUACUCAACGCAGUACAGCACAGUAUCUCCUGACGCUGACGACGAUGCUACGAUCCAAGAUCGCAUCGAUCAAAUUCUCCGCGAUGGACGAAGCUUUGUCAAUGCGGAUGAGCCAGCCAACGAGACAUGGGACGCUGAGGGUCCGAAAGAUGACAUCGCCGUCGAAUUCACGCCUCUGAACACGUACCAUUUCCGCCUGAUUGCGCCCCAGGUCCAGCUGCAAAGCGAGAAGAACUCAAAGUCGGCGGUCCUCUUCACCGCCAAGGGUAUGCAGCUCAAAGUGGUUCAAAUCAUGGAGAAGGACAAAAUCGACGACGAUGUUAGCGGCCUGGUGCAACGACGGUUCACUGCGGCUGCCGACAGCGUGCAGAUGUUCGUGACCAGCACAAAGACUUUCUCCACGGAGUACUUACACUUCUACUCGGCGAAUCGCUACGGCGUCAAGGCUGGGACAUACUGGCCGCCGUGGGUGCCCAUGGAAGUCAUGUUCGAGUUUCAUACGAAUCCAUAUGGGUUUCACCGCAUUGUGCAGCGCACGUCGGCCAGUCUUCGCUACGACAAGUACAAUACUUUGCGCUUGAAGCACAACGACGACAUUUCUGGUAGCGAUCCGCAAAAAUCACAAGACGGCGAAGCAGCAGAGAGUAGAAUGGAUCAUGUCUGGCUCGAAUUUCCGCGGUUCAGGGCGAUAUGUGAUUCUGCGCAAUACUUUGCGCUGUACAUCAUUGUCAUGGAUCUCUUGCUUUACAACGAGCCGCUCGAGAAGACGCGUAGUGAGCGUCUCGAGAAGAUCAUGCUUGCGUCAGACUUCAGCGACUUGACUGGAGCCCCGGAGAUGGUACAAAUGCUUCAAGAACGAAUCCGACAGCUUGAGGAGAUCAAGAUGCACUUUCAAGUGAACGAGAAGUACCUGGAUCGACAAGGCUGGAAGGACCGGAUAUCGAUGGAACAAGAUCUUGCGAGCUGCGAAGACGAACUAUUCUUCAUGAUGAAGGCCAUCACAACAUCGCAGCAGCGGCCUGAGGACCGAGGAGAACAAGACAGCGCCGGCGGUUUCAUGCACCUGCACAUCGCUGCGAAAGAGAUUGCAUGGCAUCUCAUUCGAGACAAGGGAGAAUCUCUGAUGGAGGUCCAGAUCAAGGAUGCAACUUUCGAUCGUACCGAGAACUAUGAUGGCUCAAACUACAACAGCAUGGAGAUCGCCCGAAUCAAUGGUUAUAACCUCCUUGGCGACGCGCUUUACCCCGAGAUCAUCUCCCCCUUCACAGACGAAAGCAAAGGCGGUCGUCAUCUGGGCUCGACGAAGAUGCUGCGUGUGCACUGGCUGAUGCUCGAAGCCAUUGCCGGAAUCCCUGUUGUCGACUACUUCGAAAUCGACCUCGUGCCUCUGAAAUUGCAGCUGGAGCGCGAGGUGGCCAAGAAGCUCUUUGAGUACAUCUUUCCGGGCGUCGGUGGCAACGCUUUUGAUGGGAGUGGAUUCUCACCCUUCAUGGUGAAGAACAUGUUGCCAACGCAAGACGAAGACGACGACGACGGUACAAACGAUGCCGCGGACUCGAGGUCUGUCAUGACUGUGGACACUCCGGAUCCGGAUCUCGAGAUGCCAACCGCCGAUGGCAGCGGACCUGGAUCUCUUGAGCAUCGCUUGAAGCCGACCAUGAAUUUGUCGAAACAGAAGAAGGCGAAGCCUGACCAAAAGGGCCUUGGCAUCAAUAGUGGCAAUAGUCACGGUUUUCACGGCUUCUCCUUGUUUCAGCAAAGCGACAAAUCGAAGACUUCGCUACCAAGCAAUAGGCAACCGCUGAAGCAGCCACCUAGCGACGGCGGCGAUGAUAGGCACAAGCGUGCCUUGCUUGCGGCUAACCGCGCUCAUAAUGAUGACAAGAAGAAGAAGGGCAAGGAUAAGGCGGACAAGGAGAAGGAUCAGCCAUCUGACGAUCUCACUCAAAUGAUGAGCCGAGCUUCCAACUACAUGACACUGGCGUACGUCAAGAUUCCGAGCAUGGUUCUCUGCCUGUCGUACAAAGGCCAAGGCAAACGCAACAUCGAAGAUGUGCAUGGUCUUGUCUUCACCAUGCCGACCCUUGAGUACCGAAACAAGACUUGGUCGAACCUGGACCUUGCGCUGCAGCUGAAGAAAGAUGUCAUCCGAGCCCUGAUCAGCCAUGCUGGCGCCAUCGUGGGCAACAAGUUCAGCCAACAUAAGCCCAAACGGGAGCAGCAGUCGCGGCUCAGGGAGCUCGUCAACAAGAGCACGUUCAUGAGUCCGAGUCCAAGUCAGACAGCUCUUGGCCCACCUGACUGGACGAUGAAGUCGGAUUCGAGCAGCUUCAUGGAUUCGAGCAAUGGCGCUCCCACUUCAGGUCGCCCUUCGACCAACAGACCUCCUAGUAGCGGGCUGGCCCAAAGCAUUAACUACUCAUCGGCAUCGGGCUCGACAUCGGACAUGCAUCGUGUCUCGCAAGAUCUGCCGCCUGACGGGCAGAAGGGACAAGAGUAUCCGCAUUCAACACAAACUCCUGCACAAAGGCAGAACAACAGACUUUCUCCGGGUCGAGAUGAUGGAUCAGAAGUAAGUGACUUGUUACCCAACGCAUAA